AUUCAAAAUCAGUCUCCAAAAUGAAUAGGUUGUUUGUCGUGACUUUCUUGCUGACCAUCGGUCUACGAUCGGUUUUUUCUUAUGAUGAGGAUGUUGUAAAAAAGUGCGAGAGAAAGGUUGGAUGGACCCCAGAAAACGCCAGUAAGAAAAGCAAUUGCUACAAUCUCUGUGUACUUGAGGAGCACAAGGUGGUUGUUGAUGGAAUGGUCAGAAUACCCGAUAAUAUACCGCAGGCAAAAACUUGCGAAUCCUUGCAAACCGACAAAAAUGACAAAUGCAAGCUCGCAGCCGAUCUUAGAACGUGCCUAGCGGCAAACACAAAUGAUAUGAACAGAUGGAAGUUUUAUUAUCUUUAUUAUCAUUAAGAAAUGGUUUUCAAUAGAAAGCUCGUUUUCACUUCAAAACUUGUUUUCUAACAUUGUUACAACUUAUUCGUUUUGUUCGAACACUUAUAAAAUGCCCCUGUUUGUGGAAGCUUGA